AUGGGUAAAGAAUAUUGUUGCAGCCAUGCCAAAGUGAGGGAAAAGAUGUUGGAGUCAAAAGGGAGGAAAAAUGGUGGGAGAGAGGAAAAUGGUGGUUUGUGGCGAGUUGGCAUGAUUGUCUUGAUUAGAGGAGAUGAAAAUGGUGGAGGAAAGGCUGGAGAUGAAAUGGAGGCUUGUGGUGGUUAUGAUUCAUGGCCGAAAUGGAGGCUUGGGAUGGAAGAGGUUUUGGUUGAAAUAGAGGCUUAG